GAAUCAGUUAGUGACAGUCGGUAAUGAAGAAUGGCUUUUUAUUGAUCUUAUGUAUAUAGUAUAUGUGCAUCUGGAUUCUGUGAUGUUUAUGUAUGUGUCAUCAGUUCUGAGAAUGCAUCUGUAAUGAUAUAUACAAAAUAUAAUUUAAAAUAACAAAUUAUAUUAUUAAAAUUUUUUUAUUACUGUGAAAAUAUUGAACUUUUUGAAUAUUUAUAGAUUUAUAGAACUUGUUUCUGUAUCACUAUAAGUGUUAGCCAUGUAAAAGUUUUUAGACAGAAAUUGAAAUAAUGCAAACCUAACCCAAUUAAUAUUCUUCUAGUGUUUAAAUAUUUUACGUAAAUUUAUAAUUGCUAAAGUUGAUAAAAUGAUUGAAGAAGAAGACAAUAAUCUAAACAAAUCUACCAUGAAUCUUUCAGAUAGUAGCGAAAACAUUCCAUCAAAUGAUAAUGAAAUUGAACAGAAGACAAAUGUCACAGAUUUUACUGAAAAGUCUGAUAAAGAAUCUGUUUUAAUAACUUCAACUAAUCAACCACAAGGGUUUUACAAAGAAAAACCUAAAGUAACUUAUACGAAAGAUAAUGAUGAUAUUGAAGAAUUUGACACAGAUGAAGAAGAGGAAGAAAAAGAUAUUUCUAAAAAUUCAAAUUCAGUUAAGCAAAACUAUUCAGAUAAUAUCACUUACGAAGGUGAUAAAUGUAUAUACACUGAGCCAGGAACUAAUAGGAAAUUGGUUUGGAAUGCUGAAGAAAAUAAGUGGAAUGUAGAUGAAUUAUCAAUUAAAAAUGAAAAUGUAACUGAUGUCAUGAAAAAUUACAAAUACGAUGGCAAAAAUUAUGUAUAUACAGAUCAAACAACAAAUGUAACAUACAAAUUUCUAAAUGAAACAAAUGAGUGGGUGAUGAAAGAUGAUGAAGAUCUUAAAAAAGAUGACAGUAAUGACAACAAAAGUGAAAGACAAAAUCCCCCAAAUCAAUCACUAGGUCAGGGUAUAUAUGGGUUUGAAAAUGAUACACACACAUACACAGAUCCAAAUGAUGGUUCUACAUAUUUUUAUGAUCGUGAAAAAAGUGCUUGGUUUCCAAAGGUGGAUGAUGAUUUUAUGGCUAGGUACCAGAUGAAUUAUGGUUUUACAAAUUUUGGUAGCACAGAUUCUAGUGCAGACACAAAGAGUCAGUCCAAUCCACCAGAACAACCGAAAGUAAAUAAGUUAACUAAAGAAGAAAAGAAGGCUGAAAAUAAGAGAAAAGCUGCAGAACCUCCAACAUGGUUUGAAAUUGAUGAGGCUCACAAUACCACUAUUUACAUAUCUAAUUUACCUCUAGAUAUCACAAUAGAAGAGCUUAAAGAAUUAGUUUGCAAAUGUGGAUUACUUGCUCGAGAUGAAAAAGGAAAAGAUAAACUUAAAUUGUAUACAGAUUCAAAUGGAGAAUUGAAAGGUGAUGCUCGUUGCACAUACAUAAAGAUUGAGUCCGUAGAUCUCGCAUUAAACAUUUUAGAUGGAUGGCAAGUAAGAGACAAAAAGAUAUCAGUUCAGAGAGCGAAAUUUGAGCUUAAAGGACAGUAUGAUCCAUCUAAAAAACCUAAAAAGAAAAAGAAGGAUAAGGAAAAGCAGAAGAAAAUUCAGGAAAAGUUACUAGACUGGCGUCCAGAUAGAAUGCGUGGGGAGCCACUUAAAUCUGAGCGCGUUGUCAUCAUCAAAAAUCUUUUCCAGCCAGAAGAUUUUGAAAAAGAUGUGACGCUGCUUCUAGACUAUCAGAAAGAUGUGAGAUCCGAGUGCGAGAAAUGUGGCGAGGUCAAAAAAGUUACUAUCUAUGAUAGACACCCUGAAGGCGUAGUGCAAGUAAACUUCAAAGAAGUUGAAGAAGCUCAAGCUUGUAUAAGAUUACUUCAUGGAAGAUGGUUUGGACAGAGAAGAAUAACGGCUGAAAUAUGGGAUGGCAAAACCAAAUACAAAAUUAAAGAGACAGACGAGCAAAUUGAAGCACGAUUGAAAAAGUGGGAUGAAGAUUUGGAAAAGCAAGAACAAGCUGAAGAACAAGCUAAAAAGGAUGCCGAAGAAAAAACAAAAACUGCACUAGUACAGUCUCAAAUAACCACCGUCGCUGAAGCAGUUUAGUUGAAAUAAUAUCUAAACUAAAUUUUAAUCCUUAUUGAUUGAAUAAUUUUGUUAUGAUUAUUUAACUUUACGCUUGACAUUUCUUCAGGUAAGAUGCAAGCAUAUUUUACAAUUUUUUAUUAUACAUAUACUUUCCUGAUUCGUAGAAAUUAUAAAAUGAAAAACACAACAUUAUUGUAAUUGGUAUAUUUUCAUAAAUAAGGUAUGUCGAGACUCAAUGAUGUUCAAUUCUUGAUUAAAUUUGUUACUUCAUUUUGUACAUUUAUUUAUUAGCAUCUUUUAUUCAUUUAACAGUCUUUUACUGAUCGUCGAUGAAAGUAUAAAAACGCUCCUUUUAACUGUAGAUAAGAUAGGUAGCGAUACAAUCAAUCAAUGGUAUCCGAAACAAAGUUACUAUGCGAUAUAUAGUUUGAACAAAUGAAUUAAAUAAUUGAUGUAAUUACGAAUUGUAAAGUUUUACAAUAAAAUGCAUGAAUGCAUAUUAUGAUCUCAACAA